AUAUUCAAUCUGACAAUCGACUAAGGGAUAACCGUAGGUUUAAUUAUUAAGUUCGGGAAGAAAAGAUUUGGUUAGGAAUUUUAGGUUGCUAAAAAAUUUUGGAACAUAGUUUCGAAUUCGAAUUGACCUUUACUUAAUCAUACCUGAAAUCCGUGCACUUUUUAGGUUGUUUUAGCACCUUGUUAUUAAAUUCAAUAUAAUUGGAAGGCUCGAGAUUUCUUUACAAACUAUUUUGUACCACAUUUUAUCAAGAAAAAAUUUGUGAUUUUUCUUGAGAGCUGGAAACUAAGCAUUACUACUAAAACUGAUAAAUAGCUUUUCAAAAAGAUUUUUUUCUAAAAUUUUAAUAUAAGAAAAACACUCGCAAGUUAAAAUCGUCUGAAAAUUCAACUCGCCGUCUGAAACUUAAACUCAAACUCAGUAUACAAGCAACAGAAUAGAAAAUGAUUCAUGUAAAUGUAGAUAUGUAUGUGUGAUGAAGAUGAAAAUCAGGUCACACGCAAAGCCCAACAACAUUUCUAAUCUAUUAGUGAGCCGAUUGGCUACAGAUUGAGAACAGCAACAUUGAUUAAUGAUUUCAGAACUAAAGCAAUUAUCAAGCAUAAUUGACUGAUACUAAUACACAUCAUGCUAGCAUCACCAAAAAUUUAACCCUCUCUGGCGCAAAUAAACCUUUCGCUUAGAGCUUGGUUGUAUAAUAAUAAUCUUAUACAGCUUGGGUCGCUGAAUAUGAAGUCUGAAUUCAAAAGUUUGCUUAUUGCUUGUUUCGUGUGGACCAUCAAAAAUUCUACAAUUGAUUUAAACUUGUCUUCCUUCAUAGCGUCGUAUCACACGAGUCCCUUUUGGACAAUGGACCAGCAAGAGUCCUGGUUAGCUUAAGAAGCUCCUUUGGGCACUUGCCGUCCAUUACCACCGGCCAGAAGGACCUUGUAACCUUGCGAAUCUUGGGCUUUCACUCAGCGCCGACUAAAAGCCCAGAAAGAGGCCUAUCUUGUAACAAAUACUCCUAUAACCUGCCUGUCAGGCCAGGAGUUCCCUUAAUGCAGUUUGGCCUUCGGUAUUACGCUGUUAUAUAGCCAGUCGGCUACCUCUUUUAUCCCGGCUGCAUCUGCUUGAAACACGCUUUCGAAUGCCGGGAGCCCAAACAUGACGUUUACGGAGAGUUCCGUCCAACUUCAACUCAUCCGUGAAUAUGUUUUUUGAACCCUCUUCCCAAGAGACUUUCUCUCUCUCACUUAUUUUAUUAUCGUACGAUUAUUGUCUUAGCUAAUGCGCCUAAAACUAUGCGGUAGAAACUUAAUUUUAAGCGCUCUAAUAAUGACAACUGUCUUUGUUAUCGUUACGACCUACUGAGAAUGUGACGACGACGAAAAAUUGUUUAUAUGUAUUCAACGUGCGUUAAAAACUUACUACUGACGACACGUUUCACGUGUAUAAUGUAGAAAAUUUUCUUUAACAAAAAUUCUUCAUUAGCUUGUUUUAUGUUCCUCUAAUUUGAAAAAAAUCAAUACUCAAAAAUUAGUUAAGUUUAAACAAUUUCUUAGCAAUAGUCCCACCCUGUAUGCGAUGUUGCCCAACCGAAAAUGCCUGUUUUUGCGUAUUUUUAUAAAAUGCCCUACACGCAUACAUUCAUACAUACACGACACAUACGAAACAGCGCGCACAAAACUAGAAUCAUUAAUUUUGCUAUUUAGCUUGCCCCUAUCCUGCUCCCUCCCCAUUCACUUUACUAAGGUAUUUAUGUACACAUGUGUGGGAAAUACUGGCGCUCAAAAAAACAUUCAAAUUUCGCUCGCACGUCUAGUUCCGCAGCAGGCGGUAGGCCAAUCGCGGCGCGGCGCGGCGCGGCGGCAGCGCACUCACAAACAUGCCGCGUUGUACUAGCAUUUCGAACUUUUGCUGUUUUGCCGCUCAUUCGGCGCUGCACUAAAUAAGCCAACAACUAUAAUAGCUACAAACAAAAGCCAAAAAAGACGGCAACAACAAAAAAAAAACAAUAACUAAAUGUUAUUAAUGUCGAGAGCGCACAGACCAAAACAUUACCCGCAUAGUAGUACAAUUCAGUUCAAAACAACGACUCUCCGUGACGUGCGAGCGAGCGGGUGAGCUAACGAUCGCGCGCGCAUAAGAGCAAACGAAGCGCAAAAUUAUUUCAGAACUUAUUCCACUAACCACUUCACUUUUUUCGUGGUGUUUUUUCGAAAAUAAAUCGAGUGAAAAAUAUUUCUUAUUACGCGUGUACGGCGGGCAUAGAAAAGUAGAAAAGUGGAAAAUUGAAUUUCGAAAACGUCAGCGACGCGCUCGCCAUAGCGCUGGUUGUUAUGAAAUCGUCUGUGUACGUGUUUGUCAAUAUGUAUGUGUGUGUGUGUGUGCCAAAUGCCUAGCAGCAAAUAUAAAAGGCAACAGUUUUCUAAACGCAUAUCCAAAAAAUUCGAUUUUUCGAAACCUAAAAGGCAACAAUAACAAAAACACUCAUUUAUAUAGAAUGUGUGACAUUUAGGGAAGUGCGCGUGCCCAAAAAUGUUUGAUGGUAGUCCGUCCGCUAGUAGAAUGGAUAUAUCCGUUGUACGCUCAACGCUUGCCGCCGGUCGGUGGUGGUACUUUGUUGAACGCUCAGUGGCGAUCACUCAGUAUUUUCACAGACCUACAGACGAAUAGAAUGCGUCGACGAUUUUCGACCAGCAAAACGAACAAGAAGUAGAAGUAGCAGUAAACACAAAAUAGCAAAUACAAACGAAUUAGCGGAAAUUUUGAAAUACGCAAUACGAAUUUCAAUUGAUUGAGCAAACUUUUACAAACGCAACGAACUUUCAUUUAGUAAAAUUAGCUUUUUUUUCCUGGGUACCCGACCUUAGUCACCACCAGAAAAAGGCUGACCAAAAUCAACGCCACGUAACCAAAAAGAGAACGUGCGCGGCCAACACAAUUAUCAUAGCAGUGCUGGUAGUGCAGAGACAUACAUUUGUAGGCAAAAGACUCGCUUGAACACGAGCCAACAAAGAACUAGUCAAUCAAAGUGUGAUCGCCGAACGAUCGCGUUGAGUAAGCGACACAUAAGUGCAAUAAAUAUAUGUGCAUACAUUUGAAAUAACAUGCCAAAUUAUCGCCAAAAAAAUAAGAAAAAUAAGAAUAAGAAUCGUCAGAAGCAGCAACAACAACAACAACAACAAAAUCAGCAAGACAAUAAAAAUAAAAGCCAAAACCAGAAUCAACAGGCAAAUCAGCCAUCAGCCACUCAAAACCGGCAGUCAACCGGCAAUAAAGACAAUCAAAGUCAGGGUCGAGCACAACGUGAGCAAUCAAAUCAACAACAGCCACCGAAAUCACCAAAGUCACCAACACCAACAACCACCGCCACUGCCACUACCCUUCCAACACCGCUUGCGCCAGCUGACGAGCCAGUAAACUCUUCACAGCAACACCACGCGAGCUCACAAGAUGCGCGAGAAGUGGACUCAACCGCCACCACCCCUAACGCAUCCACUGCGACUAUCUUCGUCCAGAGUGACAAUUUAAGUUCGAACGAGCCCAGUGAUUUUGCAGCACCCACAAGCAGCCACCAAGCGAUCACAGCUACAGUUGACCGCGAAGAGUGCAACCGAGUGGAAGAUGCAGAUGCAGAUGCACUACUUUCGAAAUUAGAUAAUAAAGAAGCGGCGACAUAUAGUGAAGAGACAGCGCACAGCUUUAGGAGCGAGAAAGGUGUGGAAGAGUUUACGAUGGGCAAUAAAGACUCAAAAACAUCCAUCACAAGCAAUGACGCCACAGCGUUGGCGACAACGGAUGAUAGGGCAGUGGCAACAGCAACAGCCGAUUUGUGCGGCGUGAUCAGACCAGAUCGCACCAUAGUCGGUGCCAGAGAGUUGGAGACGUUGCAGCCCGCAACCAAAACGCAAAUGGCAAAGGUUAUUGUGCACAGAAUAGUGCGAGAAUCUAGCGAAGACGGUGAGGGGGAGAAGGAGAAGGAGCGGCAGAAAGAUGAAGACAUUGACAAGGUCGCACAAGUGGCGCGCGCUGGCAAACAAAAACUUGCGCAGGCCACUGAGGAACGACAGAAAACGGCUGUGAAUGAUGGACAAAUUGCGGACGAUGUAGAUGGAGCGCAGAAAUCACAGCGAUCGAAAGUGAUUAUACAUAAUAUCGAACAGCAAGCGGGUGGAGGAGGAGUCGGGGUGUCGCUUCAGCCAGCGAAAGCUGAGUCCAAAGUGAUCGUUCACCCGAUACAGCAGGAAGGAGGAAACGAAGCAGUUGUUAAGAAAUUACACACCAGUGAAGGUGGUAAAGUGAUUGUGCACAAGAUCGCGCAGGAACUACAGGAUGUUGCGGCAAACAAAGGCGCUAGCCUACAACGACCGUUCGAAACAAAGGCAGUCGCUGACAAUGGAAAAGGUAUGUCUGAUCAAUUAAUUGAUGAUGCCAAAGUCAUUAUACACCACAUACAACUCGAUUCAACAUCCCCCAUCAAUUAUCGCGUCGAAUCGCCCGAUGCUCUUAGUCCCACAGCACAACUGGGUAGGUCUAAACAAUCCAUACUUAAUAAGAGUAUCGUACAAAUUCAAGAGAUCAGCGACGAAAGCUCCAGCGAGUACAAUGACAAUCCACCAGUGAUUAGCGAAGGCGAGUCGGAGACAGAAUCAACAGCGGGCGCUUGCGCACUCGACUAUGCGCAGACUGUGCGUACACUGUCGCCCGAUUCCGAAGAUAACUACGAGUUCGUACAUAGAUCAACCGCCGCUCCCAGUCAGGAGCCGCAGCAAGAUCUGAAGCAACGGCGCGCACAAAAACGCGUCGCGCUGGAAACACAUUUCCUGCCGCAGCUGCUAAGUCCACGCUAUCUGGAUAGCAUUCUAGAGGAGAAUAGUGAUAUGAGUGACGCACGCAGUGAUUGUUCCGAAAAUCACUUAAUGACCACACUAUCCGGUGAUGAUUUGCGUGACCAAGCUGCGGCGAAAGUGCGCAAAGCAAAUGAGAUAUUUCCGCGCAGCAAUUUGGACUUUUCGCGACGUCAUGCGAAAAAACAGCUUGGCGCGUUGCCAAAAAAGCCAUUACCCAUACGCGAGGAGCCUGUUGCCAUGGUAGUUGCUGCCAAACUAAUUGAAGCAACAACACCAGCACAGGAAUGUUGCGUACGCUUGUCCAGCGAGCACACGCCCGAAUCGGAAGCAGCAGAAGUGAUCUACUUGAGUAGUUCGGCAUCGAGCAGCCUGUCCGAUCUGGUGGAACUUGACGCGGAGGCAGGUGGAGGAGAGGGCGAUGAUGAGCGGGACGAUAGCUGUCGCUCAACAGUCGAUCUCGACACGGACGUGCGGGAAAUCAUAACAAAACCUGGCAGCGAAGAGCGCGCGGCUGCCGCACCCAACCAAAGUGAUAGUCGCGAGAGUACACCUGUUAAUCAGGCAUCAACAAGGCUGUCAGAAAAAAUAAAAGAAACGCAAAAAUUGCUUGCAAAUAACAAUACAAGUGUAGAACAAACAACAAAAACUGCUAUUGACACAAAUAUUGACGCUGGCACAGUGAACGCCACAAUCACUAAUCCAAUUGAAAGCAAAAUAUAUGAGAAUUUGAAAAGCUUGCAAUUGCUAGCAGAGCCAAGUGGUGAGCGCGCGCUCUCCUCCGGUAGUGGCGCAACAACAACUACAACGUCAUAUCGCACGGCGGCAGCCACUACCAGCGAGUCAGAGACAGAGACCGAGAUGAGCUCAGAUACAACAACGGAGAGGUGUGAAUAUUUGCGCAGCUCGGACACUGGCGGCAGCGGCAGUGGCGGCAGCAGCAGCAGCCUCAACAGCAGCAGCAUUGAAAUGAAAUACCCGCCAGCCACAAUUGCGACUAGUGAUAGUUUAAACGUUGACCCAGCAGUGCUGCUUGAAAAUAUUGAAUUGGAAAUGAAUAGCGUGCGCGAAAUUCUAAACUCGCAUACGAUCGAGACAACGGCGGCUACGUCGCGCGGGAAUGGGAAUUUCGACAAUGCGCGUUCGAGUGAAUUAAAUACUGAUCAUUUUAAUAGUGCAAAGAAAGCCUCGCCCUCACCUCCGCCCAUACCGCCACCACCCACCAGUGCUAGUGCUAGUGAUUAUCAUAGUGAUUUUACAGGUUUACAAACACAGCCACCCGCCGCAGUGAUCUCAGCACCACCACCAAUACCUACGCGCGCCCCACACGACUCCACCUACGUUGAAACAUACACACCCGAACAAAAGAGUCCACAGCCAACCAGUUCACUGUAUACCACUAAUUCUGCUUUGACCUCAUUAUCCUUGCUUAGGCGCCAGGAAUCCGCCGAAUCCCAUUGCUCCGACAGUACCCAACACAGUCAAUGCACGGCCAUCAAUGUUGGCUCACGCCCACACACCGAUCAUGAGCUGACGCCACCAUUGACGGCAACCUCCCCCAUUUCAGAUUAUAAGCAAGAACAACAGCAGCUCCACCAGUACAACAACUGGACCGAUGCAAGGGACGAAUGCACGACUCCCACAGCAACUUUAAAUGCAACGAGCGUACAAAAUGAUGCAUCUAUUAAAAAGCCCCGUCUGCUUUGCACCGAAACAUUGGCAUCCAUGCCAUACGGUGAACAAGUGUUAGAAGAACUGGCCACAGUAGCGCAGAAUAUAGGUGAAUUGCAAGCGAAAACGCCCACCCAUCACGCGGAGGAGAAGAAUUUCGCAGCGACAGAAAAGACAGACGGCACCACCAUGCCAUACCCGUUACCCCAGUUACCGCACAUAAGUGAAUUGCAAAUGUCGAUCGCUGACGAUCAGCCACCGCAUGCUAGUGACCCCCACUCAAAGCUUUCAUCGACCACCUCCGCAACUACUACCCACAAAGUGGCUAUUAAACAGCUCGGCGAUCCAGAACGCAUGCCGCGUGAUCUCACCACUGCAAAUAUGUUGCAUUCUCCGUCGCCGCCACCAGUGCCCGCGCCACCCUCACACUACAGCGAUGCGCCGUGGCUAGGCGUGCCAACCGCUGCCGACCCCAAUGUACUGGUAUGCCUAUCGCCUGCUCAACGUCAGCAGCUGGCGACCGAUUCCUCGCAGCAGCCCGACCAACUUUUGGAUGCACAUCAGAAGUUUCUGGAGCGACGUGGCUAUCAUGAAUAUACCGAAGAACAGGUGAAAACACUCAAUGCCGCGCUGCAGCAGGAGGAGCAGCAGAUAUUGAAAACAGCGGCGUAUAUGAAGAAAUUACGUAAGAGCCUGACACCACCACCGCCGCCCGUGCCGCCACCACCAGUGCCAUCGAAGAGCUCCGAAACAGCGGCGAAAGCACAAAAUCAAGUAAGAACAGCCUCAACAAGCUCGUCGUCAGGCGGGUCGAGUGCGAUGAUCAGCAGCCAGCAGCAACGCGUUUAUGACGCAACAAAUUAUAGAAAUGCUAAUGAGCAAACAACGUCCACUUUCGCAAAUGGAGAAGAGCCACAGCAGCAGAACCAAGCGUACCAGUCACAACAAAAUCAUUUGCAAACGCUAAUAGAAAAAACUGGCAAACCAGCUGAUGCUGAUGCUGUUGCUGUUUCCGUCGCUGGCUCAUCAUCGCAGCAGCAACAAAAGACAUCAUCGCUUGAAAAUAACUCAAGGCAAUCGAGUGACGCUGCUUAUGCUACUGGCGCACAGGGUGGCGAACCAGCUUUCGAAGGAAAGCAACCAGCCACCAGCGCCGAUACACGCCAGUAUUCAAACGCAAACGCGUCCGAACCAACCAGCAAUAGAGCUACGUCCGAUUUGUACGGUGGUAAUAAUUACGUAAAUAUUAGCUUCCCACCAUCAGCCGCAGGCAAAAUGCACGGUGUCGAGAGUGAAUUGGCCAAAAUGUUCCCAUCCAUGGGCGCAAGCAAUAUCUUCGAUAGCAAUCGCAAACGCUUCUCGAAUAUCGAGUCAUCAACGGCAUCGUCGGGUGGCCCUUACUGCGCCCAACUCCAGAGUACGCUGCCGAAAAGGUACUCCAAUAUCGAGACGCACUCAUACGAAGCGAAGAAGCGCAUGGAGAAUGGAGAGGUAGUUUAUGAUUAUACCGAUUCGCAUCAUGAGCGGCAGACUGAUGGCGAUAAGUCAUUGGAUAGCACGUCCACACCAUCGCUGCUGCAUUUCCCCGUAAGGGAGCCAUCGAAAGAGUUAUUACAAUAUCCCGUGGAUGGCGAUGGCAUGUCAAGCAGGAGCGUAAAUAGUGAAAUUAUGUCAGCAAUAAAAUUAAACACAACAGAAAAUGCCAAAACAAUCGAACAAGAUGCCAAAGCCGAAAGAAAAGAACAAGCAAACAGCAUGAGAAUGACCAAUUUCACCAACCCUGGCGCCACCACAUCCGCAACCACCACUUCUUCUUCAACAACAUCCCACUUCGCCAAUCGUUCGUUUGGCACAGCAGCGGAGACGACGAUAAGAGAAGAAGACAUUAAAAAUAGCAAAGAGAACGGUCGCACAGUGCAGCCACUUACAAGUGGUGGUGCGGGCAAUGGCAGUGUCAGCGGCAGCAGCACCGCUUAUGAAGAAUUUAGGCAACGUGCCAAGGCAGCAGCGGACGCAUUCGGUGCUCUCGGCGAGACACCAGCCACCGCACCACCGCUCGGCACAAGCAACGCCAAGCAUUCCGCUUUCAAUUUCCAACAUGACAGACUAUUCAAGGACUUUGAUGCGCUGUCGCAACAAUUGAACAUGGAGCUCGAAGAGGGGAAGGCGCAACGCCAACAGCGCGAAAAAUCUGCAUCACUUUACGACCUCAGUCGCACGCAGUGGAAUUUCAAGGACCAUUUCGAUCAGCUGAAGAAACAGCGGCACGAACAUAUGCAAGAAUUAGAGCGCGAAAUUGAGCGCUCGGCGCGCUCCCGCCACUCAAAAGGCCAAGUUUCAAAUGGCGCGCCUGCGGGCGGACGAACUUUUGAAAUACCUAUACGCAUCGAAGAUCGCAAUGGCAAAAACCCUCACGGCGCCAGCGAUAGGAGCUCAGCGCCCCGUGAGCUUACGCAACCACGCUCCUACAACAUACCCAUUGUAAUGGAGAAUGGCGCAGCGCCUAAGGUGCCGCCGCCUCCAUCCCCGUCAGCACAAUAUGAUACCGUAGACGAUGCCUCACGCUUCAGGCGCGCUGAAUCUAUGUUCAAUCUAUCCGAGAACACCGCGCGUCCGCAGCCGCAAGCACAUCAACAACAACCGUUUACCAGCUACGAGCGUCCGCAAUCCUCCGCCGCUGACGAUUGGUCGCGCUAUGCCAGCGACUUCGGCUCAUCGGAGAAUAUCACGCGACCAUUCGCGCGCGAGGUGGAGAUCUGCUAUCAGCGUCAGCGACCACGCACAAUACGUGCACCAAGGCUUUCCGCAUCCACCAACGAUCUCUCGUCCAACUCGCAGUGCUACGACAGCUACAAUGCUUACAAUGUGCGGCGUUCACAUGCACCAAUGUUGCAACCUGUGGCACAUCAACAACGCCCACAGCAUCACGCCAGCUGCUACUCGGUGCUCGAACGCGACCCCAACCCCACUUACAUUAGCACCACUACGCGCCGCGGCGUCUCACCCGCUCCAGUAUCGCCCGCGGCGCAGCCAGGCGCACAGGAGCCGCUGUAUAGUCCACAUGCGCCAGAGCGACAGCGUCGUGCCUCUUUGCCACGUGAAAUACAAGAGCAGCAGCUCAAAUAUAUCAGCAGCAAGGAAGAGGAGUUGCGCAUGGAAUUCGAACGUUUGCAAAAUGAACGCCGUCGGCUGCUUGAUGAGUUGAAUACGCCACCAGUGACGUUGCAGAUGCCACAACAUCCCAUGCGCGACAUCUACCGACCGAUGCCAAAAUUGCCCACACUCACCGAGGAUGAAGUGUUCCGCCAACAAAUGGCCGAAGAGUGGCUUAGCAAGGUGGCUGAACGCGAGGAGCGCCGCUUGCAAAAGAUAAUAAAAAUUUCGAAAGUGAAUGAGACACAACAAGGACACCAACCACCCGUGCCACCUAAUCAAAAAACCGAUAUUAGCGAUGAGUUUCUCAAACGCGUACAAGAACGACGCACCAAGCUUGCAAUGCCGGCCGAUAGCGAUUGGGAGAGUGGCGCCGAAUCGCAACCCGUUGCGGCUGGACACGCCAGCGAAAGUGAUGCGGAAGUGCCGCCUGUAAAGGUGCUCGAGGGCAAAUCGGAAACAGAUUUGCGGCAGUUGCCACGCCAUUUACGUGAAUUUGCGCGGUUCUCCAAUCACAAUGAAGAAAAGAUCGACGGUGGGCAUAGGGUGGUGCAUCAGGAGGAGGAGCGCAGGCAAGAGGCGAAUGCAAAUUCUAUGAGUAGUGCAGUGAAGAAAUCGUCUAUGGUGAAAACUGUGAAGAUUGCCAGACAACCGGAAAUCGUACAAUCAUUCGAGAGGUCUGCCUCCACAUCGGCGUUAUAUUCGCCGGCAGCGCGUCGCCGAAACGAUACUGGUCAGCCGUUUUAUAAGCCCAAUGAAGUCACUCGUCCACAAUUGAAAUCAACCGGAUAUCAAUCAGAGCCCGAGCCCAAUUACGAUUCCGACUACUCUACAGUAAAGUAUCGAACAUUAGAUCGACGACGUUUACAAUCGGUCUCAUCGGCCACGAACGUUGCGAAUCGCAGUACGAAUUCGUAUCAGGACGAUAAAUUAUAUGGUACUAUGCCAAAUCCGAUUAAAUCGGAACCAAGCACAUAUAAAAAUCAACCUGGUCGCAUUGAAGACUACGUAACAGGACGUUCGUCCGUGUCCGAAAAGGAACGCAAAGAGUGGUGGGACGAAGUGAUGGACAUCUUUAAUGGGCACCUGGAUCAAGCCAAGCUCUCGCCACACUACACUGAAGGAAAUCUUUCCAGAGCCCUAGCCAAAGAGUCUGGUUACACGAGUGAUUCGAAUCUGGUAUUCCGCAAGCGCGAAGCACCACAAGCCAGUCCACUUAGCCCAGUCGAGCAAAAGCAAGCCUAUAAGAGCGUACAAGCGGGCGGCGAACCACCAUUAUUUGGUUUUAGAAAGCCAGCACCAGAAAGACCUAGAGAUGACGGUAAUGAGCCACCAGUGCCACCAAAACCGAGAGAUUAUCGCGCAGCAGGUGUCAAUUUUCCCCAAUCUCCGAAUCGUUAUCUUGAAUCGGAUGUAAAUAUCCAUUUCAAGACACCAAUACGUCAUGAAUACAAACAGGCCAUGUCGGAUGAGGAAUUAGCACAACGACAGGCUGAACAAAUGCAAAAGCUUUAUCAGGAGGAACGUCGACGCAAGUACUUACAGGAAUUGCAGGAUAUGAAUGCGCGCCGUCACACUGACAAUUUUACACCAACACAAAAAUCACCAAUACCAUUGAAUCGGUAUGAUGACUUCCAAUCGGAUUUGGCACCCAAAUCGCCAAAUACGAUAACAACACGUACGGCAGCGCGUGCGCUCUACAACUUCCAAGGACAAAAUGCAAGGGAGCUCUCGUUUAAGAAAGGCGAUAUUAUCUACAUUCGCCGACAAAUUGAUCGUAACUGGUACGAAGGUGAACACAAUGCCAUGAUUGGUCUGCUACCAGUGAGUUACGUUGAGAUCGUAAACAAAGAGAGCACCCGUUUACAACCAAAGAAACCAUCAGAGGGACAAGCGCGUGCGAAAUACAACUUCCAGGCACAAUCUGGCAUAGAAUUGUCGCUAAAUAAGGGCGAAUUGGUCACACUCACCAGACGUGUGGAUGAGAAUUGGUUCGAGGGUAAAAUAGCCAAUAGAAAAGGUAUCUUCCCAGUGUCAUAUGUGGAGGUUCUCACCGAUAUCGGUGCCGAAGAUAUUGCCGCACGCACCGUUAUCAGCGAACAUGCGAGCGUCACGAAUUUACGCCCCUCACUUGACACGCUACGCACAAAUAUUAAUAAUGAAUUCAAUUUUAUAACCAAAAAUGGCCAUCAGCCACCAAAUGGCAUACUCAAGGAAACCAAACAACAUCACAGCAAUAAAAUUGAUGCACUACACGUGGAUACGCAUUCAGAGCCGUUAGUCUAUCGCGCACUCUACAAGUACCGCCCGCAGAAUUCCGAUGAAAUGGAGCUGCUCGAGGGUGAUAUCGUUCAUGUGUUGGAGAUAUGCGACGAUGGCUGGUUUGUGGGCACCUCACAGCGCACUGGCUGCUUUGGCACCUUCCCCGGCAACUAUGUGGAGCGUGUGCUCUGAAAGAGUGUCUUCCGCGGCACGCCAAUAAGCGUUGAUAAUGCGUUCUACCAAAAUACACACACACACACACACAAUCACAAUAUUAAUAUUUAAAAAAAAUACUUAGUUUAAUGAACAAAUUGAAGAAAAAGCAAUCAAAGAAUAAAUUAUGUUAAACAAAAACAAGUAAAAAAACACACCAGCAGCUGCAAUAUGAAUUGAAAAAAGCCACCUAAUAUUAAUUAUAUUUAAUUUUUGUUGUUAUAUUUUAUUUUAUUUGCCGACUUAUGUAAUUUUAAUUAAAAAUUAAACAAAAAAAUAUAUAUAUUUAUUUACAUACUUAUAUUCAUGUUGAAAAGUAUAACUCUACGUAAAACAUAUAUUAAAUUAUAUUAACCACAAAGUUUAAAUUUGAAGCAUAAAACAAAAAAUAUUUGCAAGAAGCAUUAAAUGGUGUGGAGGAGCGUGCUUGCGUAAGCCUCAGGCAACAACAACAGCGGCAGCAAAAAAACCAAAAGGUAGAUGCGGCGGCGCACUAGCCUCCCUCCACCUGCAACGUUUACUAAUAAAACUAGUCAAAGCUAUUUCCAAAAAAAAAAAACAUUAAUUAAUUAAUUAAACAUUUGCACAAGUUGAAGAAAAAGUAGAAGGAGAAGCUAAAGCUGAAGCGAUAUUCAAACAAAAAUAGCAAUGAAAAUGUUUAAUUUGAAAGUAAUUGCAAUUUCAAAUGAUAUUCAACUGAUAUUAAAAUGUCCUUGCGUCACAUACACACACACACACACAUAUAUAUAUACAUACAGCAGUUAAUAAACAAAGACCCUUGGUUUGUUUUACAUACCCUCAGCAAAACCUACCACAAUGUGCCUUCCCAUCCAUGUUGCCUUCAUGAAAAAAAUAAAAUAAAAUAAAA